ACAAAAGAAAGAGCAUGUCGAGAAACCCUUAAGUACCAAAUAGCGUUACAUUUGGUUAACACCGGAAAAAGUUAGCCUGGACCAACUUUCGAGUGGAACACGCCUAUUGAAUAGAAUAAGAUAUGAUAUGAUUCAUGAGCACAUAUUAGUUACAGAAUAAUUUUAAAUGAAACCAUCAUACAUUUCUUUCGGUUACAAUAAUAAUCUAGAGCAGAAUUUCACUAACCAUUUGAAAUAGCUUAUUCUUUUAAAUUUGUCCUCUAUUGUUUAAACAAUGUAAGUGUGGCUACAUGCGGGUUUCCUCCACCUAGCUCGACCUAUCUCUGAUAGUAAAAAAUAUACUUAAUUAUUGAAUUUGAUAAACUCUUGUUCAAUUAAUUUUUUCAGAUUUACUGGAAGAUAUUGAUAAAGCAUGUAAAUUUGAAUGUUUUGGACUUGCACGAAUGGCAAACAAUCUUACUAGAACAGAGAAUGUACUUGCUGAAGAAAAUGUUCCUGGUUUUCAUUUUGAUAUUCAUAAUGUUACAUUAAGUAGUGAUGCGAUACAUCUGAAUAGUGUUCAAGCUAUUCGAGCAGCUCAUUGGUGUAGUUUAUAUGAAAUAGAACAUUUAGAAGUUGCUCUUGGUACAGUUUAUUAUGUAUUAAAUCGUCGUCGUGGUUAUGUUUUUGAAGAACAUCAAGUUUGA